AAAAGCAUAGAAACUUAAGAGGAACAUUAACCUCAAAGAUUAAAGAAUCAGUUUUCGCUAUAUUUGGCAAAAAUAUUUUGCCUCCAAUCAAUAUGAAGGCGUUAGCAUUAGAGAUCAACCAAUAG